AUGUACUUUUUAUUACUGAUUUCAUGUAUACUGGCAUAUUCAUGCAGCUCAAACAAUGGACAGUUCUCUUGUUCCAGCAACGACAUAUCAAUGAAAGCAUCUGCAGAGGAAUCAAGAUGGCAAACGCCGCCACGUGGCAGCCCAGAUUGGUAUGCAAGUUAUCAGGGAUACUCCCAUGUAGUUGGGUAUGCUCGAGUUCAAUACACUUCCACUGAAAGAACGGCAGCGAUUGUCACAGUAGUUCCAACAGUGAAUCCAAAAUAUAACAUCAAAAAGAUCACAUACGAAUACAAUGGUGUCGCCUCAGACUCUGAAGUGUACCAAGUCUCUAAAGAGACACUCCCAACUGAGGACUUGAAGAUUAAAGUGAUUGUACAUAUGGACAACGAAGAGACUGAAUACAUCAACUUGGAACCCCUCGACUUCGUCUGGAGUAUUCCAGCAGCCAAUUUACCAUCUAACUAUCAAAAAGGACAGAAGGGUGGUAUCGUCGAGAUGUUUGGAUGGCCAUUUGAAGAUAUUGGAAAGGAGUGUGAGUUCAUGGGCAAAGCUGGGUGGCUUGCAGUGAAAGUGUAUCCCCCACAAGAUGCAGUUCUUUCAUUUGACCAACCACAAGACAAUUUAUUGAAUCCGUGGUAUUGGGUCUACCAACCCGUCGCUUACAAGUUGACUUCGCGUAUGGGGACUCGUGCACAAUAUAGAGAGAUGGUCAAGAAGUGCCGAGCUGCAAAUGUCUUAGUGUACAACGACAUGGUCUUGAAUCACAUGUCUGGUGGAGGAAAUGAUGUGUUGAAUCACUGCAAUGGAGGGACAUUCUGGGGACCAAAACAGUCCUUUACCAACUCGCCGUAUUAUACAUUAGGAUUUACAUAUGGCACAGACAAGUACACUGGUAAAAUCAACACCGCUGAAUAUCCUGGUGCUGCUUAUGGCCCAUUACACUUCCACUGUGAAAAAGCACUCAGUUCUUGGAAUGAUGGAUUUUUGUUAAAUUCGGGAUAUCUCUCUGGUUUGACUGAUUUGGCCACUGAGGAUGAUUAUGUCAGAGACAGAAUAGCGACUUGGAUAGUCGAGAACUUGGGAGCGGGUGCUUCUGGUAUUCGUAUGGAUGCUGCCAAGCACAUUUGUCCCGAUGAUAUUGCAGCUAUCUUUGCUAAAGUGAAGAUGUACAUGGGUGGGGCUUUACCGGACGACUUCAUGGCAUAUCUUGAAGUGAUUACUGGGGGUGAGGCCGAUAUGUUAAUAUGUAAUAAUAACAACUAUGAGUACACCGAAUAUCUGACUGAGCAACUUCAGAAGGAUGGAUUGAGUGAGAGCGACAUUAUGAAGGUGAAGAUCUGGCAGAGUUGGUAUCCGAGUGAAUGGGGAAAGUGUGAAGGGACGAUUGCAUGGGAGAGACUUGUUAUAGAAAAUGAUGACCACGACCAACAGAAGCCAGGAAGUUCAUCGCGUGAUAUGCAUGACGCUGGCUCAGUUUUAGUUAAAGAGAAAGACAUUAACAGACACAGAAACUUUGAAGUCCAAUUAUUUUCAAGAACAGACAGAAAUUGGACACAUCGCUUGUUAUUAUCUUCAUUCACCCUUGUUGAUGGAUUGAAUGGAAAUGAUGGAUUCCCUGAUGGACUUUCUGACUGUUCUUUGUGCACUGGAAGUUAUUGUGGCAGUUGCAAAUCGAUUCCAAAGAGAGAUGCUUAUGUUGCUGAUGCUUCUGGAUACACAGUAGAAGGAUGGAGAGGCAGUGACUAUACCCGAACACAUCGAGAUGUAGAUGUUAUCAAUGCCAUGAGAGGAUGGAUGGGGUUAACUCCAAUAACAUCGAAAGAACUUGGUAUCAAAGAGUAA